GAGAAAAAAAAAUAUAUAAAAAAAAAAACUGGAGUACGAAAAACAUGUGUUUAUAAAUAGAAACUUCAGUUCAAUACUUCCUGAGCUUUUUCAACGAAAAGGAAAAUUACACACUUGAAAAAUGGGACAAACACUGAGUGAGCCAGUAACAACAAAAAUAUCAGCAACAUGUCGUGAUGAUAAUUAUUUAGUUGGAAGUUCAUGUAUGCAAGGAUGGCGUAUUAAAAUGGAAGAUUGUCAUGUACAUAUAUUAUCAUUACCAGAUGAUCCUGGUACAUCAUUUUUUGCUGUAUAUGAUGGUCAUGGUGGUGCAACAACAUCACAACAUGCUGGUAAACAUUUACAUGAAUAUAUUACAAAAACAGAUGAAUACAAAGAAGGUAAAAUAAUUGAAGCAAUGCAACAAGGAUUUUUACAAUUAGAUAAAGCAAUGCAAUCUGAUUCAGCAAUGAAAACAAUACGUUCUGGUACAACUGUUAUUGCAUGUCUUAUUAAAGAUAAUAUAUUAUAUUGUGCAAAUGCUGGUGAUAGUAGAGCUGUUGCAUGUGUUUGUGGUGAAGUUGUACCACUUAGUCGUGAUCAUAAACCAUCAUUAACUGAAGAAAGAACAAGAAUUGAAGCUGCUGGUGGUUGGGUACAAUUUAAUCGUGUUAAUGGUCAUCUUGCAUUAUCACGUGCACUUGGUGAUUUUAUGUUUAAAGAUAAUAAAUCUAAAAAUCAAGAAGAACAAAUUGUAACAGCAUUUCCAGAAGUACAAAAACAUAAUAUUACUGAAGAUUGGGAAUUUGUUAUAUUAGCAUGUGAUGGUAUAUGGGAUGUUAUGUCAAGUUCAGAAGUUAUUGAAUUUAUAAGAAAUUAUAUUGCAACAUUAAAAAAUUUUGAUAAACCAAUUUAUCCAGAUGAAAUAUGUGAAGAAUUAUUAGAUCAUUGUUUAGCACCAGAUGCAUUAAUGGGUACUGGUUGUGACAAUAUGACUGUUGUUCUUGUAUGUUUUUUACAUGGUAAACCAUCAACAUUCCUUGAACUACAAUGUCAACGUCCAUCAAAAGAUCAAUCACAAGGUACGGAGACACGAAGGGAAGAAAACAUAAUGUUUGAUGAUGAAGGAGGAGAAGAAGAAGAAGACGAAGAUGGAGAUGGAGAUGGAGAUGAUUGAAAUUUAAA